UGCUCAUAAAUCUGUUGAAUAUAAAACACGUGUGUUUACCGAUUCGCAUUUAUUUCUUUAACUCAUUCGUUUCAUUUUUUUUUGCGGUAUUUCCCCAGAAACCGCAAAGAGCGAAAUAUUAGUAAACAAGAAGGUUUGAGAUUUGUGACGGAAUAAAAUCAUUAUAAAAGCAUUAACCGCUUUUGACUGUGAAAAUAGUCGAGCUUCAGCUAAAUCUUUAGAAACAACUCAUCAUAAGGGCGAUUGAAACGUAAAAGUGUUAAGCGCUAAUUAAUAACGGCAACACGUAUUUCACAAAAAUGCGAGGAACUAGUAUCGUUUUCUUAGCCUUUUUGGCUUAUUCGAGCGCAUAUCCCUUAGAGGAGCAACAGGUCAGUGUUCAAGUACCUGAAAGUGCUCUACAAGUGAAUGCUGAAAAGGAUGCAGUAUUGCCCGAAGUAUCCGAAAUUGUACAAAUUAUAGCGGUGCCGGAAUCUGAAGCAGAUCAAUCAAAGGCUCAGCAACUUUUAGAUGUUGAUGUGGGUGUUCCGGCAGGCAUUGAAGCAACUCGGCAAGCCCGUCAGUUCUUAGGUGGUUUUGGUGGAGGAUUUCCCGGUAAUGGCGGAUUUGGCGGCGGCGGCUUUCCCGGUUAUGGCGGUUUUGGCGGCUUUCCCGGUUACGGUGGUAAUGGUGGUUACGGAGGCUUCGGUGGCCACCGACAUCAUGGUGGCUUCGGCCGUUAUCCCGGUUAUGGCGGAUACGGUGGAUUUUAUGGUUAAAAUGUUUAGAAGGAAUUAGAUUCAUUAAUUGUGAUACAUUAUUUAAAAGUCAAAUGUGGGUACACUUACCUCUAUAAUAUAUUAUAUAUAUGUAUAUAUUUAAUGAAAAAACCGAAAUAAAAAAAUUAAGAAAUCGUUAUAAAAAAAAUACCUAGUUGGUGCGUAGUAAGUGUAAGUAGUACUUCUGGAUAAUAGCGUCGAAAAAACUUGGAAGAAACUCUGUGAAAUAUCCAGUUUGACAAGACACUUGAUGUUAUAUAAAUUUUGAAAGUGUUUUAUAUAUAUGUCACUAUCACUGAGGUUACCUAAGAAUAUUUAAAUAAUGUAAAGGCUUCGUGAGCCGUUAUAGAUAAUCCGCUUACUUAAAACUGAAUAACUCUUUUGUACGAAUAUUAUUUUGUGCAUAUGUUCCACCGACUUGGCUACUAUGCGAUAUGUAUAGUGAAAUUUGAGAUAAAUUAAUAUUAUAUUUCUUUGUUAUGUUGUAAA